AUCGGGUUUUUGAUUUUCUUAUUUCUCUUUUUUUUUUUUUUUUUUGGAUUUUGAAGCUGAUUGGUUAAAACCCAUUGGAUAAAGGACCUUAUUUUGCUCCUUAAUCAGCUUACUCCUUGAUGGUUUUGAUCCUCUCGCUUGGUUGAUUCUUUCUCACUGUCCAACUCCAGUAAUUGGACAUUCUCUCUUACCUUCAUCAUUUCAUUUAUCAAAUUUUUAUCUUUUGCUUUUGAAUUUUGAUUAAUUUCAUGCUUCUAUCUGCUAUUAUCAAUGAAGAUUUUCCUUGUUGCUUCCCUUUUUUUUGUUUUAUGUUGGCCAUUAUUGUUGUUCUGGGUUGCUUUAACCCUGUUUUACUUGUAAUUAUUGUUCCAGAUGUACCGGAUAUGCACUGAAAAAAUGUGCACAAUUGGAUUUUGUGGUAUGUUUCUAUUUUGUUAUUGGAGUGAUGUUAUGUUGCAUAGUCUAACAGAAAUUCAAAUCAUUUCACAGGUAUAUUCUCUUCUCUCUUCUUUAUUUUCUUUUCUCUCUAAUAGUGUUUUCCUAAUUUUUUUAGUUUGCCUUUGCAGAAUCCUUGUUUUUCCUGUUCUCUUUUUUUUUUUUUUUUCCAGUGCUAACUCAAAUCCCUACUGCUAAAGUGACUAUUGCCAUUUCUGUGAAUUGGAAUAAAGGCUUGAGCCUUACUUUUGCCCCUCAUUUUUGGUCUGACAUGUGUUGAAUUAGAUAGUUCAAAAAUACAUAAUAUAUGAUGCUAUGAAUUUGUGAAGGUCUUGGGUUCGAGUACUUAUAUGGCUUUCUUGCUAUUAAAAUUUCUCUUCGAAUUGGAUGGAAGUUUAAGAGGAACCAUUCUUUAGUUACAUGUCUUGAUACGCAUGAAAUGAGAAACAGUGGCAAUCUCUAAUCUUCUGUCAAAGCCAGACUCUAUAAUCAUGAAAAUGGAAUUCAUAAAACGUGUUUUAAAAGGGCCUUGUUUCUUUUUUGAAGGACGUGAUUGGUUAAAACCUGUUAGUCGCAUUGUUGCUUAAUUAAAUGUGUUUGUUGUACUUUGUUUCCUAUUUCUUAUUUCUCUUGGAUUAGGUUCUCUUCAACCAUUAUAUAAGUUAAGUGGAAAACGUGUUAUUUGAAGCUUCAUUCACACGCUGUGAAUGAACCAGAGCCUUAGUUAAGGUGUUAUGGUCCAGACAUUGUUCAUGAAUAAAAAUUUACAUAAACA